GCUAACGCUCCCUUCUGCAUCUCUCUCUCCCCCUCACCACCCUCCUGUUGAAGAUAAAUUAGAUUCCUAAUUUAUCUUUCAAUGAAUUAAAUCUAUUAUUAUUUUUUAUUCUUGUUUGGUAAACUUACCAAGUUGAUAAGAUAUUUAUCUUUUUGUUGUUCUAAUUCCCUACAAAGCCACUACCUCACAUGUACCGGGUAGCCAAAGUUAAUAAUUUUUUUCCCCCCUAAUUUCUCCUCCCUGCAGCCCGCAUCUCUCUUUUUCCCCAAUGGCCUCCCUCCUCCUCUUCUUCCUCCUCCUCUCAGCCGCCGGCGGCGGCCACUGCCACGACCACCACGGCCAUCGCUUCCCCCAUCCCAACCCAGCAACCUCCGCCGCCCCCUCCACCCCGAUCCGCCAGGCCUGCAAGGCCACCCGCUUCCCGGACACCUGCGAGUCGACUCUCUCCCAGUCCCCGUCCCUCCCUCCCAACCCCACCCCCUCCGACCUCUUCCUCGCCACCGCCAAUGCCUCCGCCGCCGGCCUCCAGACCGCCCGCUCCAUGCUCCAGUCCAUCCUCAAUGCCUCCGAAAAGGUCUCCGACGUCAACCGCACCAAUACCGCCCGCAUCUGCCUCGAGGUCCUCUCCUACUCCGACCGCCGCCUCUCCGCCGCUUUCUCCCGCGCCCUCCCCGCCGGCUCCCUCGGCGACGCCCGCGCCUGGGCCAGCGCCACCCUCCUCUACCAGUACGACUGCUGGUCGGGCCUCAAGUACGUCAACGGCACCGCCCAGGUCUCCGACGCCAUGGCCUUCCUAGCCGGCCUCGUCAACGUGACCAGCGACGCCCUCGCCAUGCUCGCCGCCCUCCAGCGCUACGGCCCCGACGUCGCCCAGUGGGGCCCGCCCCAGACCGAGCGCGACGGUUACUGGGCCGACCACGAGGUCUCCUCCAGCUACGCCGCCGGUGGGACGACGGGGCACCUGCCGUCGGACUCCAGCCCGGACUUCACGGUGUGCAAGGACGGGAGUUGCGGGUACUCGACGGUCCAGGCGGCGGUCGACCACGCGCCGGAGGGGGCGACCAGGCCGUUCGUGAUCUAUAUUAAGGCCGGGGUCUACGAGGAGACGGUCCGGGUGCCCUACGAGAAGACGAAUCUAGAAUUCGUCGGCGACGGCAUGGGCAAAACCGUCAUCACGGGAUCUCUCAACGCCGGCAUGGUCGGCGUCACCACUUACGGCUCCGCUACCGUCGGGAUCAGCGGCGAUAAAUUCCGAGCCCGGAACCUGACCUUCGCCAACACGGCGGGGCCGGACGCCCACCAGGCCGUGGCCUUCCGCUCCGACAGCGACCUCUCCAUCCUCGACACCGUGGAAUUCCUCGGCCACCAGGACACCCUCUACGCCCACUCCCUCCGCCAGCUCUACCGCAACUGCCGCAUCUCCGGCACCGUCGACUUCAUCUUCGGCAACUCCGCCACCGUCUUCGACAACUGCCUCAUCCUCUUCCUCCCCCGUCAGCUCAACCCGGAGCACGGCGAGUCGAACACCCUCUCCGCCCACGGCCGCACCGACCCCUCCCAGUCCACCGGCUUCGUCUUCAGCGGCUGCGUCGUCAACGGCAGCGACGACUACGUCGCGCUCUACCGCAAGAACCCCGCAGUCCACCGCGCCUACCUGGGGCGGCCGUGGAAGGAGUACUCGAGGACGGUGUUCAUCGACACCAAAAUGGAGUUCAUUGUGAGGCCGGAAGGGUGGCUGCCGUGGGACGGCGACUUCGCGCUCAAGACGCUCUUCUACGGCGAGUUCGGGAGCUCGGGGCCGGGAGGCAAUUCGUCGGGGAGGGUGCCGUGGAGCAGCCAGAUCCCGGCCGAGCAUCUGGGGGCCUACUCGCUGGAGAACUUUAUACAGGGCAAUGAGUGGAUAAACUCCAGUCAAACAGCAGCAGGAGACGUUAGGAGGAGGCGGUAAAUUUGAAUUUAUUAAUGGUGACAAAAAAAAAUAAUAAUAAUAAUAAGCAAGCAAAGGUAUUCAGAAUUUUAAUGGCAUGUAUGGGGGCAAAUAAGUUUGCUAAAUUUGAUGCCAAAGAGAGUAAACAUUACCUACUUGGGUAGGAUGGGGCUACACAGUUCAUGUUGGGAAACUUUAUGUACCAAGCUUAUGAAAAAUUCUGCAAAAUUAAAAAUUCAUUUUAGCUGGGCAUGCCAUUUAAGAUAUUUUCUUAAAA